AUGGGCAUCCGUGGGAUGCUGCGAGCCGCUGUGCUUCUGCUGCUCAUCAGAACCUGGCUCGCGGAGGGCAACGACCUCAAUCCCACCCCGAAGUUCCACUUCUUCGAGCUCUCCUCCACCGUGCCCGAUGUCGUCCUGGACCUCUUCAACAGCAAAAGUUGUGCAAAUGAAGCUAUGGUUCACAAGAUUUUGGACAGGGUGCUGUCGAAAUAUGAUGUCCGUCUGAGGCCCAAUUUUGGAGGUGCCCCUGUGCCAGUGGGAGUAUCUAUCUAUGUCUCCAGUAUUGAACAGAUCUCAGAAAUGACUAUGGACUAUACUAUUACAAUGUUUUUUCAUCAGACCUGGAAAGAUCCACGUUUAGCAUACUAUGAGACCAAUCUGAACCUGACCCUGGACUAUCAGAUGCUUGAGAAGUUGUGGGUCCCUGACUGCUACUUUCUAAAUAGCAAGGAUGCUUUUGUGCAUGAUGUGACUGUAGAAAAUCGCGUGUUUCAGCUUCAGCCAGAUGGAACGGUGCGGUAUGGCAUCCGGCUCACCACCACAGCAGCUUGUUCCAUGAAUCUGCAAAAAUUCCCUCUGGACAAGCAGACCUGCAAGCUGGAGGUGGAGAGCUAUGGCUACACAGUUGAAGACAUCCUAUUAUACUGGGAAGGCAAUGGGAAUGCCAUCCAGGGUACUGAGAAGCUGCACAUCCCUCAGUUCAGUUUCCUAGGAAAGACGAUGACUAGCAAAGAGGUGUUUUUCUACACAGGUUCCUAUGUGCGCCUGAUAGUGAGGUUCCUGGUCAAGAGGGAAGUCACCAGCUACCUUGUGCAGAUCUAUUGGCCUACUGUCCUCACCACUGUUGUUUCCUGGAUAUCAUUUUGGAUGAACUAUGAAUCCUCUGCAGCCAGGGUGACAGUAGGUUUGACUUCAAUGCUCAUCCUGAAUGCCAUCAACUCACAUCUGCGGAAUAAACUCCCCCAAUUUUCCUGUAUCAAGGCCAUUGACAUCUAUAUGGUCGUAUGCUUCUUCUUUGUGUUCCUGUCCUUGCUAGAAUAUGUCUACAUCAACUAUGUUUUCUACAGCCGAAGAGGACCUCAGCGCUCUCAGAGGCAACUCAGAAGAGCCCAAAGAGUCAUGACCCGCUACCGCUACCAAGAGGCGAUUCUAUCCACUGUCUCCUUAAAGGAUGACCAGUUGCACAUAGAAGAUGAAAAUGGCUCUCCUCCCUCCAGACGGGUGUGGGCUGGCCUAGCAAGCCCAGAAAGCCUCGGCUCUCUAGCCUCCAUCUCAGAGCAGGCACCUCUGGCCUCCUCAGAAAGCCUCAGCUCACUGUCUUCUCUCUCGGACCAGUCCUGGCUGGCCACUGCAGAAAGCCUGAGUGACCUCCCAUCCACCUCAGAGCAGGCCGUGCCCAGCUAUGGCAUUUGCAUUAAUGAUAUUGAUAUUGAUGACAGUGUUAUUCCUACUGAAAUCCGCAACUGUGCAGAGGCCCAUGGCCGUGCUGAGACCUGUGACCCAGAAGACCCUGAAGAGAGCUCCAACUCCGAUGAGAGCCAAGACCAUGGCCCCAGUAGGAAGCAAGAAGCAAACUACACCCUUGAGGAGACCCACAUUGAGAGUGGCUGCCUUGACCUUGAGAAGCAACUCAAGUAUAAUGUUGACAGUACCUGCAGCCUUUAUGGUAAUGUUAUGGGCUUUGAUCCAGACAAGAACACUAACUCGGAGUCUGAUGACAGUUCCCCCCCAAGCCCUGGGUGCUCCUUCAGUAAAGGGUUCUCUUCCAAGCUCUUUCACCCUGACUACAUCCCUAAGGUCGACCGGUGCUCCCGGCUCCUCUUCCCUCUUGCCUUUGUGGUGUUCAACAUUGUUUACUGGGUGUACCAUAUGUAUUAG